UUCAUUUUGCAAGACUAACUUCUCAUAAUUUAUUUACAAACACACAUUUUAAUUUUUUAAACCCAAAAUACUGUUUCGCAGAAGCUUCUUCAAACCCACCCUUAAUUGACCAAUAGACUUGGGGCAUUGACUUGGCUUCCUUCCGUCUGCCUUCAAAAGCAGUAGGAUCUCUAAACUUUUAGCACAUCCAAACACAAAAUAGAAUAAAUCGAUCAGCUCAUAGAAAGGAAAAUCAUGGCUUUGCGUGGAAUGCUUUUGCAACAACUGCUGCUGCUACUUGGGUUGAUAAUUUUAGCAGCAUCUCAACCCACUUCGAACUGCAAAAGAAGCUGUGGAAAUGUUGGCAUCCCAUACCCGUUUGGAACAGAAGAGGGAUGCUACCUCGAUAAGUCUUUUCUCAUCACUUGUGAUACCAAUACUUCAAAAUCGAAACCAUUACUGCGCAGUAGUAAUGUAACUGUCCUCAACAUAUCACUGGAUGGUGAACUGCGAGUCUCAUACUCCAUAGCUCGUGACUGCUACAAUGAAUCGGGAGUUCGUGCCAGUGAAACAUAUUCUGGGCUCAACUUGACAAAGUUUGCUAUCUCAUUCAAGAAGAACAAGUUCACCGCAGUCGGUUGUGACACAGUGGCGCUUAUUCAAGGUUUUGGGGAAAAGGACUACGCAACUGGAUGCAUAUCACUCUGUGACAACGCUGAUAGUGUGGAUGACGGGUCUUGCUCUGGCAUAGGUUGUUGCCAGACUUCUAUCCCAGCAGGUGUAUCAGAUUUUUUUGUGGGUCUUGGGAGCCUUAAAAACCACUCUGCAGUACUCAACUUCAAUCCAUGUUCUUUCGGUUUUGUAGUGGAAGAAACAGCAUACAACUUUUCCUCUUCUGAUCUUAAAAAUUUAGGGAAUACAGACACUGUUCCAGUGGUGCUUGAUUGGGCAGUUGGAAAUGAGACAUGUCAAAAAGCUAAGAGAAAUUCAGCAAGCUAUGCAUGUAAAGCAGAAAAUAGUACAUGUUAUGAAUCCAACAAUGGUCCUGGGUAUCGUUGCAAGUGCUCCCCUGGCUUUCAAGGGAACCCAUACCUCCCUCAUGGUUGCCUAGAUAUUGAUGAGUGCAAAACUUCAAACCCGUGCUAUAAAGAUUGCUAUAACUUUGAUGGGGGUUUCAAAUGCUACUGUCCAAAGGGAUACGAAGGCGAUGCAAUGAAAAACGGAACGGGUUGCCAUCCUAAAGUUAGCCAAUCCAGGAAUGUCAUUAUUGCACUAUGCAUCAGCGUUGGCCUUUUACUAUUGUUUGUGGGAGGCUCUUGGAUAUACUGGGGACUGAAAAAAAGAAAGCUCAUCAAGCUCAGAGAAAAAUUCUUCAAACAAAAUGGUGGCUUAUUGUUACAACAGAAACUAUCUAAUCGUAAAGGGUCUAUAGAAACAGGCAAAAUUUAUAAUGCAGAAGAGCUCAAAAAGGCCACCAACAACUACGAUGAAAGUAGAGUCCUUGGUCAAGGAGGCUAUGGAACAGUUUAUAAAGGAUUAUUACCAGAUAACAAAGUGAUUGCUAUUAAGAAGUCCAAAUUUGGUAAUCAAACCCAGAUCGAGCAAUUCGUAAAUGAGAUUAUUGUGCUUACCCAUAUUAACCAUAGGAAUGUGGUUAAGCUAUUAGGUUGUUGUUUAGAAACAGAAGUGCCCUUACUAGUUUAUGAAUUCAUUACAAAAGGGACCCUUUCUGAACACAUUCAUGAUAAAGGCUUAUCAUCUUUACUUUCUUGGGAAAAACGUUUGAAGAUUGCUGCAGAAACUGCAGGAGCACUUGCAUACUUGCAUUCUGCAACUUCUGUGCCAAUUAUACAUAGAGAUGUCAAAGCUGCAAAUAUAUUGUUAGAUGAUAAUUUCACAGCAAAAGUAUCUGACUUUGGAGCUUCCAGACUGGUUCCUCUAGAUCAAACACAGUUAAACACUUUGGUGCAAGGAACUUUUGGAUACUUGGACCCGGAAUACUUCCAUACUAGCCAGCUAACAGAGAAAAGUGAUGUGUACAGUUUUGGUGUUGUUUUGGCAGAGCUUUUGACUGGUAAGAUGGCACUUUCAUUCGAUAGGCCUGAAAUUGACAGAAAUUUAGCAAUGUUCUUUAUUUCUGCUAUGAAAGAUGAUCGCCUAGUUCAAAUUCUUGAAGAUCAUAUUGUUAAUGAGGAUAAUAUUGAGCAACUAAAGGAGGUUGCUAAUCUUGCAAAAAGGUGUUUAAAGGUGACAGGCGAGGAUAGGCCUUCUAUGAAGGAAGUGGCAAUGGAAUUGGAGGGGUUUGUUAUCAUGGAAAAACAUCCUUGGAGAAAUGCUAGUGUCUAUAUAGAAGAGACUGAGUACUUGCUCGGUGCACCUACUAAAUCAUUUAGUAUUGAUGUUGGUCCAAGUUGUUCUUCCAGUACAGUUGCUGGGUAUGAUAGCAUGAGAAAUGAAGCAUUGAAGCCAUUGGAUGAUGGGAGAUAAUUAGUUAAUCCAUCGUAAUAUUCUUGCAUCGAUUGAGGCUAAAUUAUUGAUGUAUCUAUUAUGCAAUUGAAUUUAUGUAUGACAAUAUAUUUGAACAUGUUGUAGACUGGUUCAUGCUAUGUAUGACAUUAUACACAUAUAGACUGAAUAAAAUCUGGCACAUGAACAAAGGAA